AUGGAGCGGAUUCAGCGGCGUCUCGCGCGGCAUUCGCGAGUCGCGGCCUCGCCUGCGUCGGGCUUUUCCGGGAUGCAGAGUGUGGCAGAUCUCCUUCUUGUCCUCGUGCCGCUUUUCUCUGUCGCGGUAUCUCUCCUCUCUACUCUUUUGCAUGCGCAGGUGUCGCACUCAAAGCGCUUUCUGCGCGUGCUCCUAAACGCUCGCGCAGAGGACGCGUCAGACGCCGCGGAAAUCAAACAGCCGAAGGCGGCCGAAGGCAACAAAGAGCGAAGGGCGGGCGAAGGAGGGCGCGGCGAUGUGUGCGCGGAAAAAGACGACGCGCCUGCGGAAAACGACAAACACAGAGUCGCCCUCGUUGUCGCGCAUCCGGAUGACGAGGUGAUGUUCUACUCGCCGACGCUGUCGCUGCUUCGCGACUUCCCCGAGCGCGUCGAAGUCUUCCUCCUCUGUCUCUCCACCGGGAACGCAGACGGGCGAGGACCUGUGAGGGCGAAGGAGAUCCUGGCAGCCGCAGACGUUCUCAGCGUCGGGCGCGAGCGCGUGACUCUCGUGGACGAAACAACGCUACAAGAUGGCUGGCAGACCUGGCCUGCGGAGCGCGUCGCAGACCUCGUUGCGGAGUUCGUCGCAGACAAAGACAUCUCCACUAUCUUCACCUUCGACGCGAGCGGAGUGUCGAGCCACCCGAACCACAUCAGCGUCUACGACGGCGUGAGACUUCUCUGGGACCGACAGAGAGGCCGCGCGCCUGCGCAGAAAAGUGAGGCGAUCCGCGCCUCAAGCCAGAAAGAAGAAAACGGCGAGCAGGGCGCGACGAAAAGGACAAGAAGAAAGCACACGGCGGCUGAAGACGCGAAGGAGGCGGCGGAGACGCCGCGCAGGCAGACGGAGGUGUAUGUGCUUCGAUCGCACGGCCUGCUGCGCAAGUACAGCGGCGUGUUGGACGUGGUCGCGGCCACGAUGGAGUGCCGGAAUCUGCCAAACAGGAUCGUUGCCGUCAAGCUCACGCCUUUCCUCUCGAUUCGGGGAAUGUGCGCGCACUGGUCACAGUUUGUCUGGUUUCGCUGGUUUUUUGUUUUCUUCUCAAGCUACACGUACGCCAACGUUUUCGAUAAGCUCGUGGCUGCUGAAUAA